ACUAAUUAGCUGAUGACUUGAAUCAGGUGUGUUAGAUGAGGGUGACAUGCAAAAUGUGCAGUGGUGGGGGGAACCACUGAUCUAUGUAUUCAAAAGAAGAAGGUGCCCUAUAAUUAGGCUGCAAAGAUGCAAGGGAGACAUGUAGAAAAACAAUACUGUAACUGUAAUCGGUUGAAUAGAGUGUUAAAUCCAUAUAUUAUAUAUUAUUAUUGAGUAUUAUUACGUUUACCAAGCCUUCGUACACAUAUGAACAAAUGUUGCAAGUGAGCAGCAUAUAUUUUCAUGUCAAAUAGUAAAUAUUGUGAGAUAAAAUAUGGAGUUUUUUCCACUCAACAGUCAACCCUUUCUGUCAGGAUGGAUUGUGUGCUAAAUAGGUGUUUCUAGAAUUCGAUAUAUUCAUGUCAUUUUCAUAUUCACUAAGUGUACUAAAUUGUCUUCUGAUUGUACAUGCAAUUAUAUGAAAUAAAACAGAAACAACAUCUUGUCCUGAUCGAUCUAUUUAUUUUGCACACAUAGAAUGAAUUAUAGAACUUUUACAUUCACAAACAGCUAUAUAUUUGCCUGAAAGUUAAAAUUCGAAAAAGCACGCGGCCCCUUUAAGAAACCUGACACCGCGCGCUCUGAGGAGGAUGCGCAGUAGAGAGAAGACGAGACGAGACGAGUGCUGAAACUUUCACCAGCUGAAGCUGAAAGCGACGCUGUUAACAGUCGUGAAUAAAAGAUAAAUGUGGAAUAUUUUUUCCGGAUGCCAUAUUUUUCCAGUCUGCAGGUGCGAGAUGUUCCUCAGACGACAGAGUUUAAGUGUUUAAGUACUAAUGCAAUGAAUGCAUUGUCUGCCCUGGUUUAUUACUACUAGAGUGUAAUAAUAUGUUGGCAGAGAUUUUUUCACAGAUUCUGUUUCAGCCUGUUCACAUUAAUACAGUUUGCUUAAUGUGCCACUUUAGAGAAGAUCACAGACAUCACCAUGAUGAAUGAGGUGAAAACGGAACUUUUGGAGACGAGGCUUUUCAGCAGCUCCCUCAAAAAUGAUGGUCCUGUUAUUUCUGUCAGACCUUGAACAAACCUUGUUUAAAUUAAGUUAAUAUUUAACUUGUAUCAAAAUACUCCAUAUUCCUGACAGAAAACAUAAUAUUUCACUUAAUUUAAAGGCAUGAUAUGUAAGUUUUCGCUUCCAGAGUUCGCAUUUUCAAAACAAUUACAAAGGCUAAGUUUGAUGACGCUAUGAAGGAGAGUGGAAUGAUGGGAGAUGUCGUUUUCACCAAACAAAGUAUGGCAUUAACAAAUCAUGUUCACGGAUGAGGUAAUGCAUUAGUUUUUGUGUGAUCUGUAACGUUACAUUUGAUCACACUAUUUUAUGUCAUCAUAAUGAAUUCGCUGCAAGGAACAUGAAAUUUAAUGCUAUAUUAGCCUGUUACUGAUAUGUGACUGUCAAAUUAUUUGGUGGGUUAAUGUUGUGCAGAUUUAUGCGUUUAAAUCAAUCGUAAAGUAAAUUUGAACGAACCCACAGUAUUUGCAAGUAAUGCCUAAAUAUGUUUGUGCCACAUACUAUAUUUAAUUUCACUGCCAUAGACUUUGUCUCCAGACUUGAUAAAAAGCAUUACUAAAGUACAAGUGCAAUAUAACUAUGUGUAAUUUCAUCAGCAUAACCCAUACAGAAUUAUGUAUAAUUACAAACACUUGAUAGUUUUUCAAGUGAAUCUACCUUUGCAUUAUCAGCUAUCACAUCAUAUCUGUAUCUUGCAUUGUUUAUAUGUGCUAUUAUUUACAUUCUCUAUUCAGAUCAUCUGUGCAUGACUAUUACUAAUAGUACAAUAAAUAAUAUAUAUUUGCUUACCUCUCUACUAAAACAUGCGAGAGCGGAGUCCAAGUUUGUCGUGAAGCUCUCUACAUCUCAAAAAUGCCAUGCCGAUAUUGAUCCUUGUUUUAUUUCUCAGUUUGUCCCAAAGCCUGCUUGCCUCAGUUGAUCUAUUAUUACGUUUUUUUUUUUGUUUUUGUUUAUCCCCGGGGAUUUUCUGUACUCGCCAAUGAAUAAUCGUGAUCCAUGAUGACUGAACAACACAACAGCGGCAUCCUAGAUGCGAGUCUAGACGUGAGUUGCCUUGGUUUCUACAAGUGGAAACUGAGGAUAGUGCGGAUAUUACCAUAUUGAUAGGCGAAAAUAACAAGGAAUGAGUCAUAAUUUAAAAUUGGAAUGUCUCUGGAUUUACAAUUCCUUGGGAACUUUUGGGAUAAUGUAAGUACAAGGCUGCAUGAAAUAUAUCACACUGCAAGUGGUUUUUUGGAUAUUUUAAUUACAAAAAUCUUACAUAUUGUGCCUUUAAAUGUAUUUAAAGUAAUCCAUAUUAUGUAGCAUAUUCUUUUUGAUUUCCACAGAUGUGGUCCUGUGGGUGUCAGUAUCACAGAGUGAUCACAGUUCACACCUGCAGUGAAGCUCCUCCCACAACAAUUCACCAAUAAAUACUGGAAAUAUUCACAUCAUCCUACAAGAGAAGGACAAACUCGUGUAGCAGCUGAAAUCUGUGUGACUGUUAAAGAUGGAGUUUAUUAAAGAGGAGAUUGAAGACAUGAGUGUUUCAGAACCAUCCAGAAUAAAACAUGAAGAUACUGAGGAACAAAUAGACCAGAUGGAAGUGACGGAGCAACAACACAAGCUAAAUGACGUAAAGAAAAACAACAACUUCAAAACUCAAGGAACAAAAGCCAAAAAGCUGCACAUCUGCUCACAGUGUGGAAAGAGUUUCCAAAAUAAAGGAAAUCUUAACAAACACAUAAGAAUUCACACUGGAGAGAAACCGUAUACAUGCACUCAGUGUGGAAAGAGUUUUUCUCAAUCAUCAGGUCUCAAUAAACAUCUACUCUGUCACUCUGGAGAAAAACAAUUCAAGUGUGAUCAGUGUGGUAAAAACUUUAAUUUGUCAUCAUAUCUAAAAAAACACCUCAAAGUUCAUUCAGAUGAGAAGCCUCACUUGUGUUCUUUCUGUGGAAAGAGUUUUUCAAGGCUGGACAGUUUGAAACUGCACCAGAAAAUACAUACAGGUGUGAAAGAUCAUGUGUGUUGCGAGUGUGGGAAAAGUUUUACUGCAUCAUGUGAACUGAAACGGCACCAAAGAGUUCACACUGGAGAAAAACCGUAUACAUGCACUCAGUGUGGAAAGAAUUUUUCUCAAGCAUCAGCUCUCAAUACUCAUCUGCUUCGUCACUCUGGUAAUAAAACAUUUAACUGUAUUCAGUGUGGUAAAGAUUUUAUUUUGUCAUCAGAUCUAAAAGAUCACCUGACAGUUCAUUCAGAUGAGAAGCCUUAUGUGUGUUCUCUCUGUGGAAAGAGUUUUCCACGGCUGAAGAGCUUUAAACAGCACCAGAAAACACAUGAUGAAGUGAAAGAUCAUGUUUGUUUUGACUGUGGGAAGAGAUUUACUAGAGCUGACUGUUUGAAACGGCACCAAAGAACUCAUACUGGAGAAAAACCUUACAAGUGCUCAUAUUGUGACAAGAGUCUCACUCGUUUGAUACACCUGAAAUCACAUGAGCGAAAUCACAUGAGACAAAUGCAUUUUGUGUAAAGCUGCUUUGAAACAAUAUUGGGAAAAGCGUCAUACAAAUAAAUGUGAACUGGGACUAGAGUUUUACUUGGUAUUGACACCUGAAUUCACAUCAACAUUUAUCAAUCCUUCUCACUCAAAAAGAUUUUGCAAGUGAGCAACAUUUGUUUUUGUUUUUUUAUGUCAAAUAGCAAAUACUGUGAGAGUUUUUUCACUCAACAAUCAACAACUCCUACAGUGUAAAUUAAGUCAUUGUAGUUUAUUUCUCUCAGGAUGGGUUGUGUGCUAAAUAGGUCUUUCUUGAAUUUGAUAUAUUCAUGUCAUUGUCAUAUAUACUAAGUGUACCAAACUGUCUUCUGAUUGUACAUUCAACUAUGAGAAAUAAAACAGAAACAACAUCUUGUCUUGAUCGAUCUAUUUAAUGAACACAGAGAAUUAAUUAUAGACCUUUUACAAUCACAAACAGCUAUAUAACACAUUGCCUGAGAGAUAAUAUUCAAAAAAGCAUAGGGGCGCUUUAGGGAAAUGCGGUCCCUUUAAGAAACAUGACACCGCGCGCUCUGAGGAUGCGCAGAAGAGAGAAUCGCGAGAAACGAGACGAGUGCUGAAACUUUCACCAUUUGAAGCUGAAAGCGACGCUGUUAACGAUCAUGAAUGAAGGACAGAUCUGGUCCUGUGAGCGUCAAUAUCACACAGUGAUCACAGUUCACACCUGCAGUGAAGCUCCUCCCAUAAUUCACCAAUAAAUACUGGGAAUAUUCACAUCAUCCUACAAGAGGACAAACUCCAGGUGUAGCAGCUGAAAUCUGUGUGACUGUUAAAGAUGGAGCUUGUUAAAGAGGAGAUUGAAGACAUGAGUAUUUCAGAACCAUCCAGAAUAAAACAUGAAGAAACUGAGGAACAAAUAGAAACACGACACCGCGCGCUCUGAGGAUGCGCAGAAGAGAGAAGCGCGAGAGACGAGACGACUGCUGAAACUUUCACCAUUUGAAGCUGAAAGCGACGCUCUUAACGACCAUGAAUGAAGGACAAAUUUGGAAUAUUUUCUUAGGAUACCGUAUAUUUCCAGUCUGCAGGUCAGAGAUGUUCCAUUUAUAAGAUCUGGUCCUGUGGGUGUCAGUAUCACACAUUGAUCAUUUUUCACACCUGCAGUGAAGCUCCUCCCACAACAAUUUACAAAUAAAUACUGGGAAUAUUCACAUCAUCCUACAAGAGAAGGACAAACUCCAGGUGUAGCAGCUGAAAUCUGUGUGACUGUUAAAUAUGGAGUUUAUUAAAGAGGAGAUUGAAGACAUGAGUGAUCCAGAACCAUCCAGAAUAAAACAUGAAGAAACUGAGGAACAAAUAGAUGGAGGUAGAAGUCGAGGAGAUGGAGAAUGGCUGACGAGGAACACUCACACACACGGAAGGAGGAACACAGGAGGGGAACUGGAGACAACGGAGCGAUAGGGAUCGCUUGUAGCAGGUUGAGUCCUUGAGAUCUGGUCCUGUGGGCGUCAGUAUCUCACACAGUGAUCACAGUUCACACCUGCAGUGAAGCUCCUCCCACAACAAUUCACCAAUAAAUACUGGGAAUAUUCACAUCAUCCUACAAGAGAAGGACAAACUCCAGGUGUAGCAGCUGAAAUCUGUGUGACUGUUAAAGAUGGAGUUUAUUAAAGAGGAGAUUGAAGACAUGAGUGAUCCAGAACCAUCCAGAAUAAAACAUGAAGAUACUGAGGAACAAAUAGACCAGAAGAAAGUGAUAGAGCAAAGACACAAACUUAAAAACGUAAAGAAACACUGUGACUUCAAAACUAAAGGAACAAAAGCCCAAAAGCUGCACAUCUGCUCACAGUGUGGAAAGAAUUUCACAAAUAAAGGAAACCUUAAGGCACACAUGAUAAUUCAUACUGGAGAGAAACCGUAUACAUGCACUCAGUGUGGAAAGAGUUUUUCUCGAACAUCAAGUCUCAGACAUCAUCUGUACAUUCACUCUGGAGAAAAACCAUUCAAGUGUGAUCAGUGUGGAAAAGGUUUUAAUUUUUCACCAAAUCUAAUUCGACACCUGAAAGUUCAUUCAGAUGAGAGGCCUUAUGUGUGUUCUCUCUGUGGAAAGAGUUUUUCACGGCUGGACAGUUUUAAACUGCACCAGAAAACACAUGAUGAAGUGAGAGAUCAUGUGUGCUUUGACUGUGGGAAGAGCUUUACUAGAGCUAGUUGUCUGAAACAGCACCAAAGAAUUCACACUGGAGAAAAACCAUAUACAUGCACUCAGUGUGGAAAGAGUUUUUCUCAAACAUCAGUUCUCAAUACUCAUCUGCUUCGUCACUCUGGUAAUAAAACAUUUAACUGUAUUCAGUGUGGUAAAGAAUUUAUUUUGUCAUCAGAUCUGAAAGAUCAUCUGAAAGUUCAUUCAGAUGAGAGGCCUUAUGUGUGUUCUCUCUGUGGAAAGAGUUUUUCACGGCUGAAGAGUUUUAAAGUGCACCAGAAAACACAUGAUGAAGUGAGAGAUCAUGUGUGUUUUGACUGUGGGAAGAGCUUUACUAGAACUGACCAUCUGAAACAGCACCAAAGAAUUCAUACUGGAGAAAAACCUUACAAGUGUUCAUAUUGUGACAAGAGUUUCACUCAGUCUACACACCUGAAAUCUCAUGAGCGAGUUCACACUGGAGAGAAGCCGUACCACUGAACUCAGUGUGGGGAGAGUUUCAGAGAUGCAACAGAUUUUAAAAAAUCAUCUGUUUAUUCAUACUGAGUUUUAAACUUCACCAGAAAAUACAUGAUGAAGUGAGAUAUGUCACCUUUAUUUAUAUAGCACUUUUUUACAAUGCAGAUUUUUUCAAAGCAGCUUUACAGCGAUAGCAGUAUAUUAGCUGUAUAGCAGCUCUAGGAAAAAAAUUGUGUUAUUGUCCAGCUUGAGUAAGUUGUGUUGUUUCAUUUCUGCUGUAAAAAAUUUCUGUAUUUCUGCAUUGUCUGUAAAGCUGCUUUGAAAAAAUAUGUAUUGUGAAAAGUGCUAUACAUAUAAAUGUAAAAUUGAUUGAAUUGAAUUUGCAUUGAAACGUGAAUUCACAUGAGUGAAGAGUUUUAAACGUUUAUCAAGCCUUUUGUUUUUUUUUAAUGUCAAAUAGCAAAUACCGUGAGAUAAAAUGUUUUUUUUACACUCAACAGUCAACAACUCUUACAGUGUAAACUAAGUGAUUGUGAGUAAACAGGUGUUUCUUGAAUUAGAUAUAUUCGUGUCAUUUUUAUAAGUGUACUAAAUUGUCUUCUGAUUGUACAUUCUAUUAUCAGUGGAGCAGUAGCAUGUGUAGAAAAGUUCCAACUGGUUACCUGAUUUGUGAGUAGCUGCAGUAAACACUCGCUUGAGGUCAAACAAGGCUAGCAGAGUGUUGAAGUAAGCAGCCUGAGGUUUUUCUAGGUGUUCUAGGUUAAGUCUUUUUUGAUGUGCAUUGGUUAGAAAAUAAACAUGAAUUAUUUGUAAAUAUUUAGAAUAAAAUUAGUGAUCAUAAACUAUAUAUUAUUAUAGAAUUCUUCAUAAACACAAAGCAAAAUGUAUCCAAAACCAUACAGUCAGUGUUAUAAAGGAUUCAAAUAUGCAGAAGAUGCUGGAAAACCAAACAAUCUGCAGGACCUGGAGGAUUUUCUGAAGAACAGUGUAUGGUUUAACUGCUCAGGACAAACAAGGGACUCAUGAACUACUCACUAAACUCUGUAACACUGCAAUCACCUUUUCCAUAGUACUAAAGUGAAUAAUACUGAAAAUUACUGCGAGUACAUUCGGUUCUAAUAUAUGUAAACUUUCUGUAUAUGCCGUCUACUCAUUGUGUACUGUGUAUUUUGUGUUAAUGUGUAUAUUGUCAAUUGUACAUACAUUGUGUUGUUUAUACUGCCAUGUACAAAGACUGCACCUAAGAAUUUCACCGCUGGUACACUAUACGUAUGACAAUAAAGAGAUUUGAUUUGACUGUGAAAGUCAUGUCUUUAUUGAACACAUCCCAUUGUUUGUUAGUUUAAGCACAUUGUGUGACUACGUGACUUUGAUGAAGAUCACAUGACAUUUUAUGAGUAAUUAAUGCAUAAAAACAACCAAUUCAAAAGGCUUCACUUACUUUUUAGGGCUGGGCGAUAUAUCGCAUGCGAUUGUCACGCGCAUUUCGUCAGCAAAGCCGGUUCCCUGAUUACCGCUAAAUCGCCAUC